UACAUCGGUCGGUUGGUUUUCCUCACGUACCGCGGCGUCCUAGCGAUGCUUUCGUCCCUUUCGCGGUAAUACUGUGCCCACCCUUCAUCCCGUCACGCGUCAAAUUCGUCGCGGUGCAUCAACCGGGGUCGACGUCAAUCAGCGGUGCAGUGCCAGGAAGGGUGGUAGUUUGCGAUCUGGGAGGUAGCUCGCCGAGGGAAGAAACGCGAGGGUGGUCGCUGCGCUCUCUUGACCCCCUCUUCCCACUACCUACCCCUUUUCACUAGGAUUUUUCGGUGCGCUGCUUUCGUUUGUGCCAGGGGUGGUUACGUCCAAGGAUUGCUUCCAGCAAGCAAAAACCUUGUUGUCCAUGCGAUACGACGAAAGUUGAAAUUACUUGAGCGCGCCCGAUAAAUCGGCGUUAUCGGGAAACGAUUUUCCCGACUCGGCAAAGUUUGAAGAAAUACGCCGACGACGGGGUGCCGACGCGGAUUGUCGGGUGAAUUGAAGGCAGAGCGGGUGAUCCCCGCGACGUUGUGUGAAAAAGGAAAUCCCCCACAAUAGUGUUCGGUCCGUCGCGAUAAAAAAAACGAUUAAUCGCGCGUGACUUUUCUCAUUCAGUGUUGUGCCGGUGAUCGCAGAUUAUCGCUCAGUGGAUCAAUCGGAAAAGUGUAAAUUUCAUAGAGUAAUUGUCAAGGAUGAUCCUAAUCUGUUUCUGUUUGCAAAGUGUCUAUCUAGAAAUCCACGGAAAGUUAGCCAUUGAUCAGUAGUGCGAUUUUACCUAACUAGGUUAAUCGAAAGUUCAAGCUGUUGACUUAGCGCAAAUAUAGUAUCUCUGGGGAAAUUUGCAUUUCCCGUUCAAGAGAUACUGGGAGGCUUCGAUACAAGUGACGCAUUUCUUGAACGCAUAAACGCAUCGCUGUCUGGAUGCUUCUUUUAUUUUAUGGUGUGCGUGCCUUUGUGCGUCUCGUUCAAAGAGCCAAAGCAACCGAAGGAUUUCCAAUUUCUCCCUUUUAUCGAUCGUAAAAGAAGCUUGGAGUUCUUUAAUGCAAAUAAUAACAUCACACGCAAUACUUUAUGUUGUUUAAAAAGUUGAAAUCGGAGCAAUGUCAGUUCCUUUAAACGCAAUGCUGCUUUCUCCAGCGAAUUAACUGUCGGGGGAAAGAAUCGCAUUAGAGAAAAUUUUGUUUGACUUAAUCGAGAGAUUAGUCCGAUGAAUAGUAAGAUGCAAGUCUGGCGUGACUCUCGACAGCCGCGAUCCGUCCAAAGAAAUUUUAAAUGAAAAAAAUUAGGAAAUUAUUUUCCGCGUAUUCCUUCUUUUGCUUGCCAAAAUGAAACGAAUGGGCAAACAUCCGAAGGGCGGUUUUCUGCUGGGCGUAAUUAGAGCCGGCGCAUUCUACCUUUUUCGAUAUAUCAAACACGCCAUUAGAAACGAGAUCGUCUUCGUGUGAGUGAUAAGACACGCGCGAACGUGACAGCGGACGUAAAUGAGGGAGGUGAUCGUGAGUGACGGAAAAUCAUCAAGAGGAGAAAUUACGUUGAUGGAAAUUUUUGACACAGAAAGCCACCUUGUGCAUAAAUAAAUAGUUUCAUUGAUCGUUCCGACUGGACGUUGAAAGGUGAACUUAUUACGAUCUCUCCUUACGCGUAGAAAGCCAUCUGUUAUUCGAUGAAGCAGCGAGACAAGGCGACAGUCUCAAAGAUCAUUAACGCUAGCAACUUGAUAGCGAAGCUGAUGAUACUUAAAAGACAACAAUGAUAUAAUUUAUAAAGGAUAAUAUAAAGUUCAUGAAAAAUACGCUGAUCUUCAUCAACGUGGAAUGUUUCAACUUUUUCAAGAAAUUUUAUCAGGAUACGAUUAGAUGUAUAACGACAAGAGAUUCAGAAUAAAUAGUUCAAUCUCUUUUUAGAUUAUUCGAGAAAUAAAAAAAAGAUCUAAUUUAGGAUGUUUCUUCCUCUAUUAAUUUGCAGUCUUCCUUAAAUCAAUUGCGUUAAAGCUUCGCAAGUUUUAUAUUUAUUCUUGAUCGUUUAGUAUAUUGUCCGAGAUUAUCUCUCAAGAUCAUCAUGUUCAAAGGAUGAUGGAAGAUCUCUUUUAUCUGACUAGUGCUUCAUUUAAGCUCAAAGAGAUCUAAUUAAAAGCAACAUCAACCCUCAACAGCUUUCGGACUAAAAGAGAUCAAGACCGCGACUCUAUUUUGGAGCAUUAAACAAAAAUUGGGCUGAAGAAAAAAUAUCAAAUAAUAAUACAGCGGUAUCAUAAUUAUCUCGAAUUUUUCAUUCUGCGAGAGAUUGAUGCAUUCAGAAGAAAGAUCGAUUUCUGAGAGUCACGAUAUGGACCAGUCGGCGUAUAUCUGCACUUCCGGCGGUGGUUAAAAUCGAGAAACUCGCGGCAAAAGGCAGGAAAGGCGGCAUGAGAGGCGUUCGAGAAGCGACGAGAAGGAAGUGAUCGGCGGAGGUGCGCCGAAGACGUCGGUGAUCGCGUCAAAAUGACGUCGUCGAUCCUGGCGCUGCUCGGCUUGAUCCUGGCGGCCGCCGGAAUCGAUCUGAACUCAAGAAUUGUCACGACCAAAUACGGCGACUUAUCAGGCGUGAUUGUUACUCUCGACCGGAACCUUGAGAGCGUGGAGGUAUUCCGCGGGGUGCCCUAUGCCUCGCCGCCAACCAGCUCGUUACGUUUUAUGCCGCCCGUCAGUGGUGCCCGUUGGCACGGAGUGAAGGUUGCUGAUAAGUUCGGACCCGUCUGCCCCCAAAAGCUACCCGAGCUCAGCGAUAAGAUGCCCAAGGGCAGGGUAGAGUACCUCAAGAGACUGUUGCCCUACCUCAAGAAUCAAAGCGAGGACUGUCUAUACCUCAACAUUUACACACCGGCUCAAGCCGGAGCGAGAGACGGCGGCGGUAGGAGAUACCCUGUGAUCGUAUUUGUGCACGGCGAGAGCUAUGAAUGGAGCAGUGGAAAUCCCUACGAUGGCAGCGUCCUAGCCAGCUACGGAAGCGUCGUCGUCGUCACUAUCAACUAUAGACUCGGCAUCUUGGGCUUUCUAAACGCCAACACAGACUCGCACUUACGCUCGCCUGCGAAUUACGGCCUGAUGGACCAAAUCGCCGCAUUACACUGGGUGCAGGAGAACAUCGCUUAUUUCGGGGGUGAUCCUGGAAACGUCACGCUGGUGGGACACGGCACCGGCGCCGCCUGCGUGAACUUCCUGAUGACCAGCCGCGCAGUUCCUGACGGUCUGUUGUUCCAUCGAGGCGUCCUGAUGUCAGGCAGCGCGCUUUCACCCUGGGCGUUGGUGAGAGGCGCCGCCAAUUACGCCAUGCAGGUCGCCAAACACCUAAAUUGUUCGUUGGCGGCAGGAGAUCCCUCAGUCCUGCUAAGAUGCUUGAGGGACGUGUCCUUGAGCGAACUAGUGUCGGUGCCUGUUAAAGGAUUGGAAUUUGCGCCAGCCUUCGGCCCUAGUAUAGACGGUGUCGUAAUCGAUCCCGGCGAUCCCGAGGAUCAGGACUACACUCUACAGGUCGACACGAUCAAUACGCUUAACAACAUUCUUCUGCGGAAGGACGUCGUGGCGAAACUGUCGAGGUACGAUCUGAUGGUGGGGGUUGUUCGCUCGGAAGCGUAUUUUUCGCUAACCGCUGACGAUGCUCAAUACGGAAUUGAGGCCGACAGGAGGACAAAAAUCCUACGUGAAUUCGUGCGAAACACGUACACGUAUCACCAACCCGAGAUUCUAGCAACUAUAAUAAAUGAGUACACAGACUGGGAGCGUCCUGUGCAGCAUCCAGUCAAUAUUAGGGACGAGACCCUGGAGGCUCUAGGAGAUGCGAAUACGGUCGCCCCGGCGACGAGAACCGCAGAUCUUCACAGCCAAUCCCAUAGGAAUUCCUAUCUAUAUGUCUUCGACUAUCAAACGAAAUACGGAGACUAUCCUCAGAGGCCGGGAUGCAUUCACGGGGAAGAAUUACCUUAUUUUUUCGGGGCGCCUUUGGUCGGAGGUUUGUCUCAUUGGCCGAAGAAUUAUACCAGAGCCGAAGUGUCGCUUUCCGAGAGCGUAAUACUGUAUUUAACAAAUUUUGCGCGUACCGGAAAUCCAAACGAAGGUACUCCUGAACCUGGAUCUCUCGGCUCGGAAAGGACUCCGAGGCCGGAAAGGACCAAGCUCAAAAAUAUCGAUUGGACCGCUUAUGAGGCCGUCCACAAGAAAUAUCUUAGCAUAGAACUCAAAUCGAAGUUGAAGAAUCACUAUAGGGCCCAUCGUCUUUCUUUUUGGUUGAACCUAGUGCCCGAUCUUCACAAGCCCGGUUCAGAUGACGUUCCUAGAUCACAUCAUCUUCUCGACGACGAGCGGGUGCCACCCAGAUUUAUCCAAAGGCCGCCAACAACCGCGAGAACAACCACCAUGGAAGUGACUUCCAUGGAGAAAUCUUUGUUCAACGCGUCAACAGCUAUUCCUAGCGAAUUAACCUUUGAGGACAGCACGGCGCAGCCUGAAGACGGUUUCGCGGCGUAUUCCACCGCCCUGAGCGUGACAAUUGCGAUCGGUUGCAGCCUGCUGAUUCUGAAUGUGCUCAUUUUCGCCGGUGUAUAUUAUCAGCGCGACAAGAGCAAUCAUCAGCAUCAGAACUGUUCGAAGAAGCGCCAGGAAAACGGCCAGAUGCCGAACAAUAUCUGUGGCGAGCUGGAGACCAAAACCGCCGAGCGCCAUCACAUUCAGCACAUACCGCCGCCAGAGUUUGCCGAUCUUCAAAAUAAUACCUGUCACGUGCCUAUGCCGCCCCCGCCGCCAAAGAACACAAAGCCCGGCAAGCCCGGUCAGAAUCUCAUCAUCAGUCCCAAUCAACUCCAGCAGGAAAGCCUGGCCAUGAGCGGCACCGGGACUUUGAAAAAAGGACACAAUCAUCCCCAAGUCAUGGAGGAGCUAAGGGUCUGACUUUAGGAGACUUCGCGGUCAGCGAAGUAACAUGACCGCGAAUAAGUUAGAAUUUCAAAUAUUCGAACGAUUCUAACAUCGCCGAGCGCUUAAUUCGAAAACUGACUACCAGCCUGACCGUGGACAUCUUGAAGAAAGGACACGGUCACCUCUGAGUCAUAGAAAAAUUGAGAGUCUGACUUUAGGAGACCGCCGCCGAAAUAACACGAUCGUGAGUAGAUUAAAAUUCUGAUACUGCCGUCGAGAAACGUUUGCGAGAGCGUUUGAAACGGUGUUCUUUUCUGACUACGAUAAUAGAAUCUUAAAAAAGGAACUCAACAGUUAUAUUAAAAUUUUGAAAUGAAAUCUGAAGUCAAAAGCGGGAAUCACCUCGCAGAACUCUUCAAAAGGUUUCGUAGCGACUGUGACGCUACCGAUAGGAAGUGAUAAAAGCGAAAGGAAAAUGAAGAAAUCUUCGUUGUUGUGCGACAAAUAUGUGUUAGUGCAGGGACGUAGCUGGGAUUUCGAUCCCGAAAGCAAAAUUUGCUAUAGACUUUUAUAUGGAGCUAAGAAGAGGAAGACUAAGCUUCGGUCGCUCGGGUCCAGCUCUCUACGUCUCUGGUUUACGGCAACGCUAUACUGUUAUCGUUUUCUACCUUUCGAAUUUACGACCAACUGCCGAAAAUCACAUAGUCUUUGACGGAUAGACGAAUCUACGUUAAGUAGAACUAUUCAUCUCCGGGAAGAGAACUUUGGAGCGAACUUCCAAAGAGCGAUUCCAACAAUUUUUCAUGUAUUCAGAAACAUUAAUUUUUACUAAUAUAACAUGCGAGCUACUUAAUUUUAAUUUUUUGAACAAGCGAAACAUUCGAUUAAUCUUCUUAAUUUUCUACGUGUUUUUAGGUCAUUUUUCAUUAUAUGUAUUUUAUUUUGUGUUCCAUCAAAUAUUUAAAUACUGUACUAUUAUUAUAGAUAUGUAUAGACGAACAAACGAGUAUUAAAACUCAUUCACACAAGACAAGUCAUUAUCUACAUGACUAUUUUAAUUUUGUUAU